GUUCAGGACGAAAACGUGUUCGCGCCCAUGUGAUUUUUAAUAUUGUAAAUUUAUUAUUGUGAUUUAUUAUUAUAAUUUGGUAUUGUUAAUUUAGUUUAAGGUUUGGUAAAUAAACGAGAGGGAGAGAGGGGUUUUGCUUGGAGUCUGUAGGGUUCUCCCGUCCCGCUCCUGCAUUGGUGGCGUCCCGCUCGCACACUUGAAUAGAAUGCGAGCAGCACGGCGGGCCAGCGAUGAUAUAAAAAGCGGAGCGUUGGGAGCGGAACGACAUUCCAAAAUUGACUGCACAAGACUCCGAAGGCGUUCCAAAUCUCACCGCGAUCCAAGCAAAACCAAGAUCAAGAAGCUCAAUUUACAACCAGGCGUUUUUCUCUUAAUCCGCCCCCACAUUUUCUGGUCCUUCAGCAGCCGGAUUACAUCAAGAAAGAACAAUGCCAGUUACCAGAAGCGCAAAAUCAUACCCCGUGAAUACCCAAGAAUCCUCGUCCACUGCUCCAACCUGUUCGACGGGCACUGACACGAUCACGGGGACCGAAAAGACCGCUACAACUUCAGAACACACGCGCUCCACGUACGCCACACGUACAACCGGUGCAACUGUGGAAACCGACGCGACGAUCAGACAAAUCGACGCGGCGCCGACUGCCACCUCGCCAGUCUCCCAACUAGUAGAGAGACCCGAAGCCGGCGCCACUACAAGCGAAGCACCACGGAGAAUAUGCUCUCCUAAAUCUGUUCGAUCCUUUCGAUCCGGUUCUUCGAACAGUCGUCGUAAGCAGUUAGCGGAAGCGCAACAAGAAUUAUUGAAGCUGAAAAUCGAUUUAAUAUCUGCAAAGAUCGCGGCAAUGGAAGAGGAAUCGGACGUAGACGAACCGGAGGAAGCCACGAUCCGCGAAGAACGCACAUCGGAGUGGAUUCGCACAAGCACUAUUGGGUUGAGAAGAGAAGAGCAGGAAGACUACACUGCCGCCACACGUACGAAGGAAGAUAUAUUGAAGGGAAGACCUGCCGAAUCACAGGCGCCGCCGCCGACGCGCGACGUCAUUCGCCAGGAAAAAAUCUCCACGUACGCGGCACCUGCGACAGCUGGGACCAGGUGCCCCCCCACCAACUACGCGGGGGGAGCGCCCCCCUCUACAUACGUCACGCACACAAGUGAGAGACAACAGCCGCAAUACUAUCGUAACAACGACGGCCACCUGGAACAUAAGCCGCCGAACGACAUAUGUUAUGAAAAGUUAGCAACGGCGAUCACUACUGCGGCACGAGCGAUUCAACCCACUACUGCAAGACUUCAAGAAUUACCCAUAUUCAACGGUUCGUCAAGCGACUGGCUGCCGUUCAAGACAGCCUAUGAGGAAUCUGCAGGACUGCUUACAGAACAAGAGAACCUGGCGAGGCUCCGGAGGAGCUUGAAAGGCACCGCUAGGGAAGCAGCUCAAUGUUUAUUCGUCGGAGCCACGUCCUCCAACGAAGUAAUGAGCUUACUGACAUCAAGGUUCGGUCGUUCGGACGCGCUCGCACUGGCCGAACUGAGUAAGCUACGCACCCUUCCACGUCUGGGCGAACAUCCGAGAGACAUCUGCAACUUCGCAUCGAAGAUCAUCAACGUCACGGCCACAUUGAAGGCGCUAAACAGACCGCAUUAUCUACACAAUGCCGAGAUAGUGCGCGCCGUGGUUGAGAAGCUGCCUUCAGCAUUGCGCUAUCGAUACUAUGACUUUGCUGCGGAACAGCCAGAAUACCAACCUGACCUAGUAACCCUGACCGAGUUCAUGCAACGCACAGCUGCACGUUGUGGGAGCUACGCGCCCGUCGAGAACACACCUGUGGAAGACCGGCGGGAGCCAGCAGGCAGGAGACCCAUGAAGAGCUACCACACUCAAAUAGUGAAGCCAGCCGAGCACGAACAAGUUACUACGUGUCCUAUUUGCGACAAGACGGGUCAUCAUGUGGCGCAAUGCGACGAAAUGAAGACAGCAGAUGUAGCCGCCAGGUGGGACAUAGCACGCAAACAUAGGCUAUGUUUCCGCUGUUUACGGACACGCAAAUUUCGCCAUACGUGUAAGAACAAGAGGUGCGGCAUCGACGGUUGCGAGUACAUGCAUCAUUCACUGCUGCAUGGCACUCCACCCUCAUCAAAGGAGAAGAAAGAAGCUCCUGCAUCAUUUGUUGUGGCAUCAGCAAAAGACAGAAGCAACACCACCGCGCUACUGAAGGUACUCCCUGUGCAAGUGAGGGGCCCCAAGGGUACGUGCAACGCACUCGCGCUACUGGACGACGGGUCAACGUGCAGCCUGAUUGAGGCGGCGCUAGCAAGAAGGAUCGGCGCAGCGGGUACACCAGCACCCUUUUACAUUGAGGGUGUAGCCGGCACGCGAAUCAACGUUGGCGAAUCGCAACAAGUACGCAUUUCUCUGCGCGGGCGCGACACGAAUGAGCAUACAAUAACGGCCCGCACCAUGAACAACUUGAAGCUAUCGCCGCAAGCAGUCCCACGUAACGUCAUACGAGCUUGCCCCCACCUGCACGACUUAGAAGAGCAUCUCAUCUACGAAGGGGGAUCACCUACGAUACUGCUGGGUCAAGACAACUGGCAUCUUUUACUCACACAUGCCGUGCGACAAGGAGACCGACACCAACCGAUCGCAACACUCACCGAUUUAGGUUGGGUUCUACACGGCACUAAGAGAUCGAGUGAAAGAGUCAACACCCACAAAGUACUCCACGCUGUCGCCCCUGAUGAUGAAGAGUCCAUGGAGCAGAUGAUGAGGGAACACUUCAGCCUCGAGUCAUUGGCUGUCACACCGAGACGCAGCCACAACGACGACGAGCGACGAGCACUGCAACAACUAGAAGAUAAAACCCGCCGUUUACCGGCGGGAGGCUUUGAAACCGGUCUUCUAUGGCGUAACGAGCCCGUUCGUCCACCUGACAGCUACGACGUGGCGUUAAGAAGAUUGGAACUAGUUGAAAAGAAACUCGACCGCGACGAGGAACUGAAAAAGAGAUGGAUACCCACCAAAAUGAACGUCGCAGACGACGCCGACCCUACUUGGCGAAAAAAUAAUACAGAAAGCAAGAAGACGAAUACUUCCGAGGCUGCGCGUGGAAAGCAAGUUUUACACAAAUUUAAAACGAUCGACGCAUCAUAUCUACGCCACGCCGAGUCGCUGUGGAUACGAGCACAACAGGAAGAGGCGUUCACCGAGGAAAUCAACGCCCUCAUGAGGGGGACCCCCUUUCCCCCCUCUAGCCGCCUUAUGAAAUUAUCAACGCUACUCGACGGCGAGGGCAUAAUACGACUACGAUCGCGUAUAGCGGCGGCGGGUGAUAUCACUGAGCAACAACGGUCACCAGCCGUGCUUGAUGGAGACCACCCGUGGGUGCGACUGUAUAUCGCCUGGAUACACAAACAGACGCACCACGGAGGCUUCGGCAUCACCACCAGCGAGGUACGACAGCACUACUGGCUCCUACGACUACGCAACGCUGUGCGAAGCGAACUGAAACGUUGCCGAGUGUGCCGCAUCAUGAGAGCCACGCCUCCACAACCCUCGACCGGAAACCAUCCGCCCAGCCGCCUCGCUCACCAUCAACGCCCGUUCACAUACACCGGGCUGGAUUUCUUCGGCCCACUCCAAGUCACAGUAGGCCGCACACGACAGAAAAGAUACGGAGCGAUCUUCACCUGCCUUACCACGAGAGCGGUCCACGUCGAGGUCGCCGGAGAUCUGAGCACCGACUCCGCCAUCAUGGCACUCCGUCGCUUCAUAUCGCGACGCGGAUGCCCGACGGAGCUGUGGUCUGACCAGGGAACCAAUCUCCGCGGCGCGGACGCCGAGCUACAGAGGGCAGCACUAGAAGCUAUACAGGAAGACGCCAGUAUCCGGUUCAUCAAGUGGAGAUACAUACCGCCGAGCGCACCGUUCAUGGGAGGAGCAUGGGAGCGUCUGGUACGGAGCAUCAAAACAGCUCUGUACACCGUACUGCACGAACGCGCCCCGAAAGAAGAGGUCCUGCACACUCUAUUGGUCGAAGCAGAGCACACCCUCAACAGCCGCCCUCUCACCCAUGUAUCCACUGCUCCAGAAGACGAGAACCCCCUGACUCCGAACCACUUCCUACUGGGGGGGUCCCUCACGAAUAGUCCACGGCCCGAGUUAAGGCCACAACCUGGUCAAAUGAAAACCACUAGGAAUCAUUCUAUUACCUGUUCUAAUAGUUCGGGUAGAAGUAAACGUAUACGGACUAUCUUCACACCUGAGCAGCUGGAAAGACUCGAGGCCGAAUUUGAGAGACAACAAUAUAUGGUGGGCCCUGAAAGACUGUACUUGGCCCAUGCAUUGCAACUCACCGAAGCUCAAGUGAAAGUAUGGUUCCAGAACCGCCGCAUAAAAUGGAGGAAACACCACCUAGAAGUGACGCAGCAGAGGCUUGCAGUGCUACAACGACACAGAACUGACGACCGAGAUGAUGAUAUUUAA